UUCUAUAAUAAUAAACCCUCUCUCUCUCAUCGUCUGCCUUCUCUCUUCUUCCUUCUCUCUCCAAGCUCUCUUGCUGCUCGGUUGCAUCUUUGUUCUCACUAGGGUUUACCAGCAAUUCAUAAACCCUAACAUUUUCACCAAUACCCCUCUAUAAAUCUUCACUCCAACCAUUGAAAUCUAGAUCUCUCCUUCUCCCUGUCUCUCUCUCUCUCUCUCUCUCUCUCUCUCUAGGGUUUUUCAGCUCCUUACGAUGCUCUCAUUUCACUCGUUUCAUGCCCAAUCAACGGUUGUGAGAUUCACUUCAUAGUCCUUCAAAAAUCACUGGUAAGUCUUCAUGUUCUUGCAUUAACAUAGUGUUCUACGUGUCGUUUAUAUGCAAUUCAGUUCUAGGGCUUGUAUAUUUGUGAAUUUUUGUUAUGCGAGAGACGGUUUGUGAGGUCAAAAUUGGGGUUUUUUUUGCUCAAAGCCCUAAAUGAUACGCGGGUUUGAAUAUGAGCGAUGGAGGUAAAGUGGAGAGCAAGAGAGAGAAGGAAAAUGGAAGCCACGCACUGAAACGAGCCAAUGCCGAUGAGUUUGGCCGAGCUGUUUCGAGGAUUGCCGUGGCUCAGAUAUGCGAGAGUGUUGGGUUUCAGAGCUUCAAUGAGUCUGCUUUGGAGGUUCUCACUGAUAUUGCGGUCCGAUACCUCUGUGACUUAGGAAAAACUGCUAGUUUUUACGCUAAUUUAGCUGGUAGGACUGAGUGUAAUGUGUUUGAUGUUAUACAAGGAUUGGGGGAUUUGGGUUCGGUUAAUGGGUUUUCGGGUGCUUCAGAGGUCAGUCAUUGCCUAACUGUUUCGGGUACAGUGAGGGAAAUUGUUGAGUAUGGGGAGAGUGCUGAGGAAAUUCCAUUUGCUCAACCAAUUCCACACUUUCCGAUCAUGAGAAAUCGGAGUAUGACCCCGAGUUUUAUGCAAAUGGGUGAAAUUCCAACAUUCAAGCACAUUCCAUCUUGGUUGCCGGCCUUUCCCGAUCCUCACACAUACAUACACACACCCACAUGGAAUGAGAGGGAAACAGAUCCUCGUUCGGACAAAAUUGAGCUAGCUAGGCAAAGGAGGAAGGCCGAGAGGUCUUUGUUGAGUUUGCAGCAGCGGUUGUUGUGCAAUGGUUCUGCAUCGUCUUCCAUUUCAGCAGAUUUGUGUAAUGAUGAUAAGGUUUUACAAGUUUCCGAAACUAAAAACCCAUUUCUUGCUACACCUUUACAAGCAGGAGAGAAAGAUGUUUCUUCAGUUCCCCUGCCAGUUAAGCUUUCUGAUGAAACUGUUGUUGAAAACCAUGUUUCUGUGUUAGAAACAUUCGCUCCUGCUAUUGAAGCAAUGAAGGGUGGCUUUUGUGAUUCCGGAGACAUUGAUAAAAAUGUUCUUCCAGACAAGAGACCUGCUGUUCAUUUGAAUUUCAAAUCUGGCAAGAAACUAUUAGGUGAAUCUGUGGAUUUGAGACUUUGGAAUAAAGGUUCUGGGAAAACGGCACCUUGGAUUGGUCGGGAUGAUGAGAAGGAUGACAAGAAACGGAGAGCUGAGUUAAUUCUUAGACAGUCUAUGGAGAACCCACAGGAACUCACUCAAUUGUAACUUGAUUCACUGGAUCCCUUGCUUGAUGGAAGUCAUUGCAUUCUUCACUACAUUAGGGAACUCAAAAGUUUAAGUCCAUAUUGUCAUGCAGUAGUAGUUAUAAGAAUACAGUUGGAAGACCCUUGUAGUCCCAGAUGAAUACAAUUUUUUAAGCCAUUGGUGAACUAUAUUCCAACCUAUGUUUCAUGGACUUGGGUGCGAGUAUCGGAUGCAGGUGCACAUCUAUAGGUCGGACGCAUCAAAUCUCAAUUUCAAGGAUAUGCAGACUUGGCAAAAAAUGGUCAUAUUUUUAUAUUUUAAGUCUAUUGUGUGAGAUAAAAUGGUGUUAUAUGUCACUUGUAACGUCAAAAAGACAUUUUACUCAUUUUUUUAUAGCAAUUACUCAACAAUAAAUAAUUAUAACGAUAGUGUUAAAUACAAAUAUAUAAGAAGUGUCUAGUGGAAUGUAUCAGACACAUAUCCCUUGUCCUAAGAUCGACUGUCUAACACAUGUAUUUGAUUUA